AUGAGUGAAUUAGAACAAUAUUAAGAGGACUUAGCAGAAGUUCAAGAAUGGUUGAAGACAGCAAAAAGGCCAAAUAAUAUUGAGUAUUUGAACAAGAGGAUAAAAUUCUUGAACGACUCUAUCAAGAUACUUCAACCAUAAAAGGUUGAGAAGGAAGAGUAGAUAGAGUAACAGUUGCCUUAGAUAGAUGAAUUGAAGUUCGAGAAAAUAACUAAAUACGCAUUCGACUAAGAGGAAAGCAAGAUCACAAUAAUCAUCAAUAUGGAAGGGAUAGGAGAAUUACCAAAACAGAAUAUUCAAGUUGAGUUUGGAAAGAAUUGCUUUGAUGUCCGAGUGAUAGGGUAUCGCAACGCCAAUCAUAGGUUACAAAUUAAAAAAACAUUUGGUGACUUUCUGCAUAAAAUGAGUAGCUUCAAAGUAACAAAGAAUAAUAUUCAUGUGAUAUUGAUCUUGCCUGAUAAAACAUAAUGGACUCAAAUCAAAACAACAGAAAAUAUUAUUGAUCAAAAAAAAGAGGAGAAGGAGAAAAAGAAAUUUGAGAAGGAUGGCCCAUUAGAGGAUGACGUAAAGGGAGUGUUAAAUAUGUUGAAGGGAUUUUAUGAAAGCGAUGAUCCUGAAAUGAGGGAUACAGUUAGAUAAUUUAUGAGGAAGACAGCCAAUUAGUAGAUGUGGAAAAAUUGA